GCAGCCCUUAGAUCCGACGAUAUACGGUGGUAGCAUGAUGCAGCCUGACGAAGAGAUUCAGUACGCGCCAAGGAGCCGUCCUGUUAGCUUUUAUGACAAUUUUAAGGACGUGCCAAUGGUGACAUCUUGCGUGACUUCCGCUCUAAGCGCCGACAAUUUGAAUCAGGUUCGUGAUUCGAACGGUAUCAGCUCGUCGAUGACCACGGCCAAUAACAACAAUAACAAUAAUCGAGUGAGUAGCGCAGUCAGCGCUGGUAACGUGUCGAAGAUUCAGAACACCAAGGUCACGGGAGCUGUGUCAACAGGGAACAUUGGGAAAAUCUAUCGAGAAGGGAAGGAGUUGGGUCGUGCCCCAUCAAUGGCCAAUUGUAUGUCAACUACGGUUCCCGUUAAUUUGGCAGCCGCUCAAAUCGCUGGUCGCCACACACCCACGAGAAAUUCUCUCAGGCACAGCAGGAUGAUCGUAUUGCAUCGUAGUGGCCAUCGACCACAAAAAUUCCUGCCGCCAUUGGUUUAUCACUGGCGAUUAGGACGAUGUCUAGCAGCGUUGCAAACAAUCCUCGGUGUAGCGAUCACUUCAUUGUCAUUAUGGUUGUUGCUGUGGGCACCUCAUCUACCUGCCGCAGAUAAUCCUUACUGGAGUGGAAUGCCGGUAAUUAGUGUAUUAUUAGCAACGUUGGCGACAGUGACCUGUUCUAUCGCUUGUGUAUUCUCCGCGAUACACCUGGCACGUUUAAUGGGCCUGGAAUGCAAUCCGGCGCGCGUACUGAACGCUACCUGCGUGUGCAAGCCUCGUGAGAAUGCGUCGAAUUCCACCGAAACGGCAGUCAGAUACAUGGAUCUGAAUUGUCCCGAAGUCGAGAGUAUUCUGACCAUUCUUCUGAUCUUCUCUUCCACUUGCAACGCCUUUGGAGCUUUGGUGGCCGGUUGGUAUACCUAUCUACAUUGGAGUACCAGGCACAAAAGGCCUAAAUACAUGCAAGUCAGGACAAAUCCAACCCGUGGGAAUAACUUCCUCAGCAGCAGGCCGAUAUACAAUCCGAAUCUAAACGAACGAUGACAGUCUUCAUCACCUGAUCCCGAUGGACAUACUCCGUAUCUUUGUUACUCGUCACAGAGAAACUUUUGAAACUGAUAACAACAGGAUUUCUUCAGCAAGUGUGCAGUAAAUGUACAAAACGAUGAUUUUAAUGUAAACGUUAGAGUGUCUGUUUAACGGUGACGAAUUAAUAACAAACGGAUAUAUGUUUAAGGUAAAAUAUCGAUAAUACGUGUGAACUAGUCUCAGAUGAUAGAAUAGAUCUGCGAGUGGUUCUUGAGCGAAAGAUACGUAAUAUAUUAACUUUUUUUAAAGAACAUUCAAACGAUCGUUCUUCUGGUAAUUGAGAAGAAAUCGUGGUAGUAUCAACAUGAAUAGGAUAAGGAUCGUUUCAUUGAAUUUACUCAUUUAACAAGUUUCUUAAUCUGUCCUUAAUAAUUGUUAUAUAACCAAGACAUACGUUGCUACAUAAAUAGUAAUUUAUUAUCUUCUUAGAAAAAGGUGAACGCAAACUUCACAUGUUUGAAUCAUAUGAUACUACUUUUAAACUUUAAUGAUAUAGAAAAGCAGAACCAAACUGAAUUAAAAUAAAUUAUCCUUUAUUGAAAAAUAAAAUAUUAAGAUAGUUCAAACAUUUUUGAUGAUAGAAAACGUAUUUACUAGAACAAUAGCAAUAGCAAUUUCUACAAAGAUAUUAAUACUAUCACGAUUGGAUAACGCGCGAUUAAUCUCGUGUAGAUCGCCAGUAUUUUAGAUGUAAAUUAGUAAAUGAAUGUCUCGUGUGCGUGAAUUAUUGUACGUGUAAUGUGAACAACAAGUAAAUUAGGAGGAUGAAUGGAAA